AUGGCCCCCACUCAACUCCCGACAUCGGGAAACCCUCUAGUUUUCUUCGACAUAACACUUGGAGGAGAACCGCUCGGCCGUAUCACAUUUGAGCUCUUCAAAGAUGUAGUGCCUCGAACGGCUGAGAACUUCCGCCAGUUCUGCACUGGCGAAUCUAAGAACUCGAUGGGCCGACCUCAAGGGUACAAGGGCUCAAAGUUCCACAGAAUAAUACCCAGCUUCAUGUGCCAAGGUGGCGACUUCCUCAAUGGCGACGGAAGCGGCAGUACUUGCAUCUACGGCACCAAGUCUUUCGCAGAUGAAAACUUCGACCUUAGGCACGACCAGCCCGGCUUGCUGUCGAUGGCAAAUGCCGGUCCCGGAACGAACGGCUCGCAGUUCUUCAUCACCACAGUACCCACCCCUUUUCUGGAUGGCAAACAUGUGGUUUUUGGCAAAGUCGUCGAUGGUAUGGAUAUUGUGAAGAAGAUGGAGGCAACGAAGACUGGCUACCGCGGCAAAGACGUCCCAAACCUGGACGUAGUGAUCGCACAAUGUGGCGAGAUGUAG